AUGCUUUCCCUAUCAAGUAUCGGCUUCAUUCGAUGGCCAACGAUACCGCUUAUGGUGGCAAGUGCCCGGCUGCUGCAUACAAGUACACUCGAUUUGGCCGCUCGUAAGGGUACACGAGAAAAGGCACGCAAGGCAAAGGUGAAGAAGGUUGUGGAAAAAGUUGGCUUUAUCCGGCACGAUUUGCGAAAAAAGGGAAAGCUCAAUCUCAACGUAGCAAACAAACACAUCGACGACAGCUGGAAGCAGGAUCCGAAGGACGAUUGUUGGGUGAGCAAGUACUACAAAUGGCGCGUCUACACGGUCGCGGAAGCUAUCCAGUGCCACCGGGAAACGCACCAUCCAACGGUGUACAAUCUUCCAAACGCUCCGCUCUAUGCGCACGUCGAGCUAAACAUGCAGGCAGAAAAGUCGACCCGUUUCGUGGAUAACUUCCAGCGCAUGGUUGCGAUACCGCAUCGGUUCGAGCACGGUGAAAAUAGAAACAUUAUCGUGUUUGCGAAGGGACAGGAUCCGCUGAAGGAAGCGAAAGAUGCUGGAGCGACGCUGGUUGGAGGGUUGGAGUUGAUAAAGGAAAUUCAAAACGGUGAUCUACAGUUGGCAGAGUAUCCGUUCGUUCUGGCACAUCCUAACAUACUGCCCGAGCUGGUGGUCAUACGUGGUUUGCUGAAGAAAAACAAGUUCCCCAAUCCACGGUCCGGUACGUUGGGUGUAAAUCUGGCGGAAAUGAUCGAAAAGUAUGCGCACGGCAUUAACUACAGUGCGGCAAAGGAUGAGCAGCAGAAAGAUUACGGUUCGAUCAUUGCCUGCAUCGGAAAGCUACAAAUGGAAACGAACCACCUGGAAAGCAAUCUGUCGGCACUGCUGCAGGAUGUAAACUCGAUGCGGCCAAAGCGGGAAGGCAAAUUUGUGACGCGCGUACUGCUGAAAAGUCCGCCAUCGGGCGAGAAUCUUAAGAUCGAUCCGUUCCUGUACAUCCCGGUGGAAGGUGUGUUUAGCAAAAAGUCGGCAAAGAGCACGGGUGCCGAUGCAGCGGCAGCGGACGAGGAGGACGCGGAUGCGGAGCAGGAAGAAGGUGCGAGGAGUGUAGCAAAGGGAGGCGCGUGA